UCCGUCACGCAUAUUCUGAAAGCAAGCAGCCGUCACUCUCAUCCCCAGGAAAGCAAGCUCUGCAUCUUCCGAUCAUUUCUUGUGAAUUGCAAUUCUUUGAAACAGUUCAUCAUCCCUGAUCGAUCCAUAUGGCUGGCACACGUCAUGGUACGGUGGAACCAUAACCAUCAGGCGAGGCCAACACUGAAGAGUGAACACCUGGUACCUUCAGACGAACACCGACUGGAGCAGUAGAGCGACAGCUUACACUGCGCAUCGUCACCUCAAGUCAACCCACUCGCGAUCCGAGAGAGAGGGCCGCCCGUGAUGGGAGGCGGCGGGCGGGCGCGGCAGAACGCGAUCCGGUCGGCCAUCGUGGUGCUGGGCUCCGCCGCCUUCGGCUACCUCUCCUACCGCGUCGGCUUCAAGCCCUACCUCGACCGCGCCCAGGAGGCCAUGGACUCCCACCACAACUCCGACGACGCCGCCGCCGCCGCCGAACAGCAUGAUCACCCCGGUGGCGACGCCGACCUCCCGCCGUCCAGGGACCCGGCCGUCGUGCUCCGCGACUGAAUCGCGUAGCUACGCCCCUGGUUGUGGCAUUUCGUCGAACAAUUUGUAAGCAGGUCGUAACGGAAGCUUCGUGCUUUUCUUUUGUUGAUGAUUGAUUGAUGGCACCGAAAUUUCCAUACUGUGAUCCCUAUUGUUUUAAACGAGUUUGUUUGACAAAUAAA